GGCGUAGGUGUGAGCAUUGAUCAAUAUGCUAGCUGCUGGUUGGUGAUUUAAGAUUCCAAUAUUUUUCGUUAGUUAUUGAUGUCUGAAAAUUAUUUAGAAUACAAAUAACUUUGAAAACUUCAAAUUGGAUUUUAUGUUCAUAAAAUAUUAUUAAUCCGUAAUUGUCGAACUCUACUUUGGAAUUAUUAUUAAUUCCCACUCUUAAAAAUAUUUUUUUUUUAGUAAUAAUUAAACGGGACCAAAAAUGUUCCUAUUAAUGUCGAUAUAUUAAAACGCAUUUCAAAUAUUAGCUGCUACGCCGAGGCUGUACGAGUAGUGCGCGUAGAGGCGCUGAAAGGCGCGCGGCCGUGGGCGAUCCCGCGAUCCGGGGGCGGGAGUGAGCCCGGGCUCUAGUCCCGCGCCGGCCGCCAAACCGAUCGCCGCCUCACCGACUUCCCGCACCCCACACUAGUGAUGUGACCGUAUCGCGUAAAACAACGCGUAUUGUUUGUGACGCUGUCGUGUUUGUGAAUGAGUGAAGCUGUGUGACCUUAUUGCUGUUCGUGAAUUUUAUUGCCGAAUAAAUAUUUAUAAUAUGUCGGAGCCUGCCGUAUCGCCUGAUAAAAAUACGAACAAAACUUACUAAACCAAAAAGUAUGCCAAAAGGCUAAAACCGUUCUACAAUGUCGAGUAUCUGAUAUAGAAUCAUUAACUGAACUGCUCCGUGAAGUAUGCAAAAGUUAAUAACUUGUAGUGUUUUGGUGUGGAAGUGAGAUCACUAAGCGUGGUGGGUGUGAUACAGGGUGUUAUUACAUGGUGUAGUCGGGCAUGCGAACGGCUUGAAUAAAGCGGAUGUGAGGGAUGCGGGGGCGCGGCGUGUGACAGCGCGCGGGCAGCUAGCGGCGCGGGCGGAUGCGGCGAGCCAGCGUGUACAGCGUGAGCGAGGGGCUGGAGCGGUGCGCCUGUGCUAGGUAGCGAGGGCGCGGGCGCGGGUGCGGCUGCGGGUACCAUGGCCGGCUGAUGGAGCCGGGCUGGUGGUCGCCAUCGCCGUCGGCCUCGCCGCCGCCGCCGCCCCGCGCCCCGCCGCCGCGCUGCCGCUGCCGACACCCCUAUUCAACUAGCUAUACCUGCUUGCCGCAUUAUGAUGGUUGGCCAGACGGUGAGGAAGAGUCGUCAGGUGGAGCUCUGCGCGAGCGCGAGUUGCGGUCUCUGCACCGCACCGUGCCUGCGCUGCGACGUCGCGAGCUUGACACGCGAGCUAUCAAGCAUCACUUUUAUCCCGAGGGCGGCUGGGGAUGGAUCGUGUGUGGAGCUGCUUUCCUGGCUCAUCUCCUGUCCACCGGUCUGCAGCUAGCCUACGGAGCGCUACACGUCUAUGCUCUCAGACACCUCGGACCUUCUGCUGAUCACGCCGUGUGGGCGGGAGCGAUAUGUGUCGGGGUGUCGCGUGCCGCGGGUGCCUUGGUAGCCGGGCGCAGGCGUUCGCCGCGACUCGUGGCUCUGCUCGGCGGACUGUUGCUGCCUCUCGCCUGCCUCUUCACGUCAUUCGCAACGCAACUCCAUCAGACCUUACUUAGUUACGGUGUGGUCCUGGGUGUGGGGUGUGGCUUGGUCCGCGAGGCGGCCGGCCUGGUCCUCGGUGCGUACUUCAGGAGACGGAGACAGUUCGUCGAGCUGGUGGCGCACGCCGGUGGUGGAGUCGGGAUCGCACUGUUUAGUGUCGCUUAUAAGGAAGCCGUAGGGAAACUAGGUUGGCGUUUGGGUUUACAAGCUGUGACCGGCGUGUUAGUUUUAGCGUUUUUUCUCAGCGGCGUGUACAGAAGCGCUUCUCUUUAUCACCCACAACGCCGCGCUAUCCUACACCUCAAGAAUCAACGGCGAAAGGUCAAAGAAAAAAAGAUACUAAAGAGAUCUCCGUUUAUCGAUUUAAGUCCACUUCGCUCUCGACCAGCCAAAGUUCUGUUAUUGGCUGCCGGAUUAGCAGCUUUUGGACUUUACACUCCCGUCUUUUUUCUGGCUUUACAAGGUUUCGAAGAAGGCCUAGAGGAGAGUGCUCUGGUGUUGCUGCAGACGUUUCUGGGGUUCGCUGCGGUGCUCGGUUGUGCCGGCUUUGGGCUCGUGCUGGUGCGACCGUCAGCGCAGUGCCUCGUCUCCAAGCAAUACCUUUGUCAAACGGCUAUGCUGGGCAUAGGUAUAUCGAUGCUUGCUCUGAGCAGCGUGGAAGGUUAUCACGGCUACGUGCUCUUCGCGUGGAUGUACGGACUUUGUUUGGGAGGAUUUUUGUAUUCAAUAAAGAUGCUUACGAUGGAACGUGUCCGAGGCCGACAUUUUACAAAAGUUUGGGGAUUUGUACAAGGAGCAGAAGCUAUUCCUGUCAUGGUAGGAGUACCAGUGACGGGAUAUAUCAAUCAGCAAGUGCCAAGAGCAGGGUUCUAUUUCUCGACGGCAGCCACUCUGGCCGGUGCUUUACUUUUAUUCUUCGUUGGGUUCUCUAAGAGAGAACCGGAGCCUCCGCCGCCGGCGCCCGCGCCGACGCUGGUGGAGGCGUGUCCGUGUGUGUCGCCGCCGCCGCGCUGCGAGCCGGCGUGGUGCGCCUGCAGCGCCGGCGGGGCCACGGCCUAUUGCGCCUGGCCGGGCCCGGCGUGCGGCUCCCGGCUGCCCAAGUCCCUGUCGUACGCGGCGCCGCUGGACCGCGCGUGCUGCUCGGCGGCGCACUGCCCGGACUGCUACCGGCGCGCGCCGCCGCUGCGCCCGUCGCGCAGCGUGCCGGAGGGCCUGGCCACCCGCGGCGCCAUGUGGAGCCGCGGCGGCUCGUGCCGGCCCACCUGCCGCCGCCGCGAGCACCACCUCAUAGAACAAAUCACCACCUCCGUAUGAUACUAACUCCGCGACAAUAGUGCGCGAUUAUAUCAUAAGAUAACUUUUAUUUAGAGACUAUGAAGGAAUUGUGUAAAUAAAUAAUUGUUUACGUAGAGAAUGACCUAUCUAAUUAUUAAAGUGAUUCUGCAGUGAUAGAUUAAUCAAUGAAGCAAUAAAAUGGAAUCAAAGAACAAUACCUGAAAAACUUACCUCAACGAACAAUACUGAUAUUUUCCUUUUACCUAUCAUUCAUGCCGCAAACAACUGAAACAUUAUUUAUUAUUUGGCAUGCGCAAAUAGCUAUAGAACCGAUGGCUAACAACGGGCUGUAACCAUAUUUGCUUGUUAUCGAACGAUUCAAACAUACCAAUCAGGAGAGUAGCAAGUUAAUUGUAAAAUAAAAUAUAGCUCAUUUUUCCUACUUCUUAAAGUACUCGUGGGACCUUUGUCGUAGUCAAAUAUUCAUAUUUUAUAAUGUAGACCACCACUUUUGAAUCAUAAAUCUUCAAUCUUUGUGUCAUGUUUACCUCUUGUCUGAAACUAUAUUAAAUAAUUAUAUUUAUUGUUUUGUCAUACUAACUGAGAAGUAAAAUAUAGUACCUUGAAGAGUAUAAAUAACAUUGAUGUUAUAUUUAUGAAUUAAUAAAAAUAGUCUGUUUGUUGAAAACAAAGUCAAUUUUAGCGAUCACAUUACUGGUUUAAGGAGAUGAGUUAGAUAGUUUCGUUCUAUUACUGUUACGAGUAUUGUUUAGAUGUAACUAAUUAUAUUUUGACGUUACGAGAUUUGUUGUUUUUGUACCAAAGUGUGAUUUACAGUUUUGGUAAUAAAUAAAGAAUUAAGAGUUUUAGCAUA